GUUUAUCGCGGAUGGGAGAUCGAUCCUUAAUAUAAUAUUCCUCGUGUUUUUACAAUUUUAAGAUACAAGUUCUUAAGCGGCUUUUAAGCCAUAAGGAUCGAGCCAACGAUCGCUCGUCAUUGACUAUUAUAAAUAAUGACAAGCUUGUAUGGAACAUUUAUCACACUUUGUAGCAGGAUGGGUAGCUGGUAUGUUCGGUGUAAUAGUGGGUCAUCCGAUGGAUACCAUAAAAACUUAUCAACAAACGAGUAAUGUUGAAUUAUCGAUGAGACAAGCUAUUUUUAUAAUAAUAAAGAGAAAUGGAAUUCAAGGUAUGUACAAGGGAAUAUUAUUUCCUUUAUUGUGUUCAGGAUGUUUAAAUUCCAUGUACUUUGGCGCUUAUGAAAUUUCUAUGAAAUCUCUUCAAACUAUACACGGCAAUGAAAAAAUUCAUCCGACUAAUGCUUAUUGGAUGCGAGAUUUAUUCAUUGCUGGUUGCAUCGGUGGCUUUGCCCAGGCCUUCUUAUCGUGUCCGACCGAAUUAAUUAAAAUAAGAAUGCAAAUUGGAAAAGGUAUCGAUUGUAAUAAUAAUAUUAUUUGUCGUAGCGAUAGUAGUAAUAAUUCAACAAAUCCUUUAGGUUCAUGCAAAACUGCAUCGAACAUUUAUAGAAAUUAUGGAAUUCAUGGCUUAUUCGUUGGACUGCUACCAACACUUUUGAGAGAUACAUUUGGUGGUGGAGUAUACAUUCUCACGUAUCAAUAUACAAGAUAUUAUAUGUAUGGUAAAUUAAAUGUUAAUCCAGGAGAUAUCGAAACCAUUGUAGCUGGUGGUCUUGCCGGUAUGGUAUCGUGGAUUCCAGUUAUACCCUUUGACAUAAUAAAAUCGAGAAUACAAGCGGAUAAUUUACAAAAUCCAGUAUAUAAAGGAAUGGCCAAUUGUACCGUUAAUUUGUUUAAGCAUUCACACUGUUUUGGAUUUUUUAGAGGUUUCACCGUAAUAACUAUACGCUCUGUACCUGUGAAUAUUGCAAUUAUGUGGGCCUAUCAAUUCGUAUUAUGGUUUUGCAAGCAGCUUCGUGCACUUGAAAUAUAGUUAUUGAAAAUUGACUUGAAGAACAUUAUCGUAAACAUUAUAUUUAGCUAAAAUACGAUGUACUUACCAUGUUAUUCCCAAUAAGAAAUAAAUUGUGUUUUAAUUGUGA